GCAGCAGUGCAUGGUUUGCUCGGACGCGGAGCUGCUGCUUUCGCUUCACUACAGCGGGUUUGGGAAGUCGACAAGCCGGCGGAUAAGCAGUUUUAAACAACGAGAACUCACAUCGUGGCGUUUUCUUCUCGACAUUGUUUUUCCAGACUUGUUCUUCCACCAUGGGUAAUGGCAUCAACAAGGUCCUGCCUGACUUGUACGUGGGAAAUUUCAAAGAUGCAAGAGACAGAGAACAGUUAGCCAGAAACAACAUCACACACAUCCUGGCCAUUCAUGACAGUGCAUCUCCCAUCCUCCAGGAGAUGACCUAUCUGUGCAUUUCAGCAGCUGACGUGCCCACACAAAACCUGACUCAGCACUUUAAACAAAGUAUAAUGUUCAUGCAUGAAUCCCGUCUGAAAGGAGAGGGCUGCCUCGUUCACUGUUUGGCGGGUGUGUCCCGCAGUGUCACCCUGGUGGUAGCUUACAUCAUGACAGUGACAGGACUGGGCUGGCAGGAGGCGCUGGCUGCAGUGAAGGUGGCCCGGCCCUGUGCCGGCCCCAACCUGGGUUUCCAGAGGCAGCUCCAGGAAUUUGAGGAUACUCAAGCUGAAGAGUUCAGAGAGUGGCUACGGAAGGAAUACAAGGACAACCCCUUCAACGAUGAGGCAGAUAUACGAGACUUGCUUUCCAGGGCACCUAAAGUCAAUGGUGAGGAGUUGGAAAAACAGGCAUCUACCCCGCCUAGAGGUAUCUGAUCAGAUCUUCGAUGAGAUCUUUUGCUGCUCAACCUGGAGGGUUGCAUCAUCAUGUGAUGCGACAGUAUUCUGGACUCACAGGACAUGGAAGACUAUUGUGCUUUGGAGUGGACUGCUAUUAGGAUGUUUAUUGAAACUAAAAUGAUCCUCUAAAUGUCAUGGACAUAAACUGGAAGAGACUGUUAUGUACAGCACAUAUUUUUCUAGCACUGAUGUUUCUGGUGCUGUGUGACUAAUUUAUAAAUGUGAAUUCAGUUUGUUUGUUUUGUUAUGAUGAUUAGUGAAAUAAAAUGAGUAAAGUCAA